CCGGUACCUCCCAAGAAGUGAACCGCGUCACGGCCAUCUACCGUAAAAGAACUAUCAGUUUGUCGGAUUUGCUUAGUUGGGUGCCGAAAUCUUUGCGAGAAGAUCCGCUUCUUUCCGCAACGCAAAUCGUUCCUUUGCGGAUAACGCGCUUAUUUCGAUCUGUGGAUUUUGUGGCUUGAUUUUGCCUGGUUCAAUAAGAAAAGCCAUGAAAACCGCCUUGCUAUGUCUGUUCUUCGGCUUGGCUGCAGUACGGAGUGACCAACAAGGGCGCAAUUCCCGUUUCCUUAGCCACACGCCGCUAUUGGCUCUGCCUCCGGUGGGAACCAUUGCCAUUGGUCCGCAUUCCCACAGCCUGCCGCCAAUAGGGAUUCACAGCCCCAGAUUUUCCAUUCAGACCUUCCAGGAUCCGCACUAUGUGGAGGUGCAGAAGAAGAAACUCGUCCCCAUUCCAGCGGAGGACUUAAUUGAUGAAGAAUGGAAAACUUUCAAGAUGACCUACGCCAAAGUGUACCCGACAUCGGAAAUCGAGUCCUUCAGAAAGGAAGUUUUCAUCGAAAACCGUGCCAAAAUAGCCAAAUUCAACCAAGAAUACAGCCAGGGAAAGAGGAACUUUGUACAGCAGCUCAACCCUUUUGGAGACCUGCUGCACCACGAAUUUACCCAACUUUUGAACGGAUUCAAUCGAAGUACGCUGCCUAGAGUGAACGUGCCGACCCCAACCACUUUCAUCCCGAGUGCCAAUGUGGCUCUGCCCGCCACUGUAGAUUGGAGGCAAGUGGGCGCGGUCACUCCAGUUAAGUCCCAGGGCAGCUGUGCCAGCUGUUGGGCGUUUGCCGCUGCAGGUGCAUUGGAAGGGCAUUGGUUCCGGAAAACCGGCCAAUUGGUGGACGUCAGCGAACAAAACCUAAUCGACUGCACCAAAUCGUACGGAAACGAUGGCUGCAUGGGAGGGUUGGUCGAUCCGGCUUUUCAAUACAUCCGAGCCAAUGGUGGGGUGGACGGCGAAGAAAGCUACCCUUAUGAAUCACGAGACGAUCAACAAUGUCGCUUCAAGUCAGAAAACGUUGUGGCUGAAUGCACAGGCUACGUGGACAUAGCUGAGGCAGAUGAAAAGGGCCUCGAACUAGCCAUAGCUACUUUAGGGCCGGUAGCUGCCGCAAUCGACGCUAGCAAGGACGGGUUCCAGUUCUACUCAGAUGGAAUCUACUACGAUCCAGACUGUGGACGAACGCAAGCCGAGAUGAACCACGCCGUGCUGGUGGUUGGUUACGGGCAAGAACCGAAUGGGCAAAAGUACUGGCUAGUGAAGAAUUCCUACGGGCCUCAAUGGGGCAUCGGAGGCUACGUGAGGAUGGCUAAAGACGCGAACAAUCACUGCGGAAUCGCCAACGAGGCCAGCUAUCCUCUGGUGUAGAUGUUCUCAGGCUUGAAGUUCUAAACUUAAGUAUUUAUUUCCUUUAACUCAUAACUGCCACUACAAUAAGACGCGCGCUGUUUUACAUUGGUUGUUCACUGGAGAUAAACGAUUAUAAACCGAAGUCAUAAAAGGUG